AUGAACUUCUUUAAACAGACAUUAAGUUCGUUGACAGGUUCAUCUAUACCUUAUACCAUCAAAGAAAAGGUUGUUGACCCACAAUCAUUAAACCCAACUGAUGUGGAACGCAACUCUAUAUGGACAGUAUAUGACGGUAUCAACCCUAAAGAUAACAAUCCAGUUUCUAUAUUUGAGUUCAAUUUACGUGAUCCAGCCAAUCAAAUUAAAACUGCGUUGGCUAGAAAUGCAUUUAAGAAGUUGAAGAUGAUAAAGCAUCCUGGUGUGGUUUCUACGGUGGAUUUUUUUGAUAAUGAUAGUUCGUUGUAUAUCGUGACCGAAAAGGUUAUCCCCUUGCUAACUUACCUUCAAGAGGAAGUCUCAGAUGAUGCUAAAGUGAAUGGUGUCUAUCAAAUUGCAAAAACAUUAUCUUUCAUUAACGAUAGUUGUCAUUCCAGUUAUCUUAAUUUGAAUAUUUACAAUUCAGUUGUGGUUAAUGCUCAAGGAGAUUGGAAAUUAUUUGGGUUUGAAUUGGUUAGUGAUGCAGAUCAAACUGACGUUUUUGCUUAUAAGGAAUCCAUGCCUGGGUUCAGAGAAUUUGCUCCUCCAGAAGAAAACAGAACUGUCAAGGCUGAUUCAUUCCGUUUGGGUAAAUUUAUCUUUAGUGUCUUUGAUAGCUCGGAAAGGAACUUACCUUCAAGAUUAGUGCCGAUUAUUAAACGAUUAUCAGGAAAUAAUGCGAACGUUCGUAUUACUCCUACACAAUACAUUAAAGAAUUAGAAGGGUGGCAUGGUGAAAACCCAAUCAUUCGCUUCAAUGAGGAAAUUGCUGAAUUGAAGUUUUUCUCCGAUGCUGAUAAAUUGUCAUUCUUUAGACAACAAUUGCCUAGUUAUUUGCAAUACGAAACUUCAUUCCCUGUGGGAUUCUUGAAUUAUAAAUUGUUACCGGAAUUGAUUUCUCAAUAUAAUCAACUUUCAAAAACUGCUGCUGGAGACUCUCAGAAACAAGAAACAUUAUGCACUAUGAUUAAUCUUAUUAUUAAGUUUGGAAUUAAGUUACCUCCAGAAGAUUUCCACAAGACAAUCAAACCAAUCAUUGUUUCGUGUUUUUGUCUGACUGAUAGAGCUGUUCGUUUGAUCUUGUUGACUCAUUUGCCGGAAUACCAUUCCUUUUUCAGUGAUUCUGAAAUCCAAUCGCAAAUAUUCUCGAAUUUGAUUACAGGAUUCCAAGAUACAAAUUUCAUGAUUCGAGAAACGACUCUUAAGUCAAUCACAAUUAUCAUUGAUAAGAUUUCUGUGAAACAAGUCAAUCAAGAUUUACUUCGUAUCUUGGCCAAAUCGCAAAUGGAUCCUAAGCCUUCAAUUAGAGUAAAUACAUUGAUCCUUAUCAUCAAGAUCUCAUCCAAGAUUUAUUCCAACUCUAGGAAUAAUGUCUUGAUUACAGCAUUGGCUAAAUCUUUGAGGGAUUCAUUCACACCUUGCAAGAUGGCCGCAUUGCACGGAUUUGAAACUCUCCGAGGUGAAUUCUCCAUGGAGGAAAUAUGUCUGAAAGUGUUAGGUCAUUUAGCUAUUGCCUUGAUGGAUAAGAAAUCCACCAAAGUGAGAAAGGAAGCAAGGCGGAUUUUCCAAGUGUAUUUGGAAGCCGUGGAACUGCAUGCGGGCGAUUUAGACGAUUAUGAAGAAGAUGAAGACGCAGAAGAACGUGAAUUCUACAAGAAAUUUGGUCCUACUGUGCAACAAGCCGAACCGGAAGCUGCGCCAACAGAAACGACUUCAAAUCCUGAAGUACAAAGUUUGUGGGGUGCAGUUAGUAAACUAGCUUCGUUUGGUGGUUCUGGUCAAAUGAACAAGGAUUUUAAUAAUUCUACUCCAGAUUUGACUAGUAGUGUUCCAUCCACUCCAGCUGCACAACCACAACUGCAAGUGCCUAUUUUAGAACAACCCGUUAAGGCGGAUGCAUGGGAUACUGGUGACGGCUGGGACGACGGUGAUGAUGGAUGGAAUCAAAAUGAUGAGGUUGAGAUUGUGAAGGAGACAAAAAAGAUUAGCAUUUCUAGAAAACCACAACCUAUACCAACUCACAAGAGACCAAUUGGUGCUAAGCAUUCGGGGUUGAAAUUGGGUGCUAAAGUUAAUAAACCUAAGCCUAAAUUACAAUUGAAUCUCAAAGCUGAUGAUGAUAAGGAAGUAGAGGAUGGUUGGGGUGAUGGUUGGUAA